AUGGGGUACUCAGUGGGGACCAAUGGUGGGGCCAUCAGCGGGGACCCAUGGUGGGGUACUCAGUGGGAACCCAUGGUUUGGCCAUCAGUGGAGACCCAUUGUGGGGCCAUCAGCGGGGACCCGUGGUGGGGUACUCAGUGGGGACCCAUGGUGGGGCCAUCAGCUGGGACCCAUGGUGGGGUACUCAGUGGGGACCCAUGGUGGGGCCAUCAGUGGGGACCCAUGGUGGGGCCAUCAGUGGGGACCAACGGUGGGGCCAUCAUUGGGGAUCCAUGGUGGGGCCGUCAGUGGGGACCCAUGGUGGGAUACUACCAAUACAUCCGUAUGCGGGUGAUCUUCGUUUUCGGAGCGGCUAAGUCAGCCGAUGAACAGAAGAAAAUCAACGAAGAAAGUGACACAUACAGAGACAUCAUCCAACUAGACUUUGUAGACUCCUACAAGAAUCUCUCUUAUAAGGGUGUGGGAGCUCUGCAGUGGAUCUCGGAGCAUUGUAUGCAUGCUCGCUGGAUCCUCAAGAGUGACGACGACAUUGUCAUUAAUGUCUUCAGCUUGGUGGCGUUCCUCAAGUACUACGCUGCCUGGGAAACGUCGGCCAACGGCGCACCUCCGUCCAAGCUGCUGUGCGCCGUGUGGUGGGGGAUGCCCGUACUGAGAGGCACGGGAUGCUCCAAGUGGUGCGUCUCCAUGGAUGAGUUUCCCAACAGCACCUUCCCGACAUACUGCUCCGGCUGCGCCUUCGUUAUCCCGACGUACCUGGCACCCAGGCUCUAUAACGCGUUCUUCCGGGUUCGGUUCCUGUGGGUGGACGAUGCCUUCAUCUCCGGAGUGAUGGCCAAGGCGGCUGGCAUCAGUCAUCAGCCGCUUCAUUCCCUUUACGAGCUCAACCAUCAUCUAAUAGAGAAAAAUAUGAUUUACGGCAACCGGCUCUUCUGUCAUCACCCGGGAGCCGCCGGGGCCAGGGCGAAGUGGUGGCCACGCAUCGUUCUCAAGGAGACCCGUCACUUACCCAACAGUUCUGAAGAAGUGUACUCGUGAUAUCGUGGUCUCAAGGCCUUGUCAUUAUGACAUCAUUGCAUCCGGGCCUUAUUUUCGUGAUAUCUUGGCCUCGAGACCUUGUCUUUGCGAUAUCUUGGCCUUCAGGUUUUGUCUUCGCGAUGUCUUGGCCUCCAGACCUUGUCUUUGCGAUGUAUAGGUUUCCGGCCCUUGCUACACUCUUCCCACCCUCAGUCAUAAAACGGCUAAAGUGAUAUUUUCCCGCCGGUUCCUGCAGGUUGCUCACUGACAACAUCACAGCAACUACACAACAAAAACCAAAGUAUUCAGCAUUUUUGUUUUCGAAAAAAAAAAAUUGCCUUCUAGCCUGCGCAGUUUUUAAACUGUUCUUUAUGUAUUUAUCUUCAGUGAUUUAUCGAUUUAUUUUCCAGCAUUAAAUAUUACAAUUGCUAAAUA